GUUACCACCAUCAUUUACAUAAAUUUGUGUAAUAUGUUUUAUUUAUACAAAGUCGUUCAAUUGUUCAUUAGAUAUUUUUAUUAGCUAAUAUCGUAACUUAAAACUGAUAACCUAAUUAUUUGCCAAAUUUCAUCUUUGCCGCAUGUUAUAAAUCCCGAUAGUAUUCAAAAAUUUAUCGUCAAUGACUCGCAUCGCAAGGUGAAUGAUCGAGCAUGAUUGGAAUAGAACGAUGCCUCCUAAAAUUCCCCAAGAAAUGUAUAUUCCGUUGUCGUCGAAACAUUUCGAAAAUUCCAACCGAUAAUGGAAAAGUCACGGGCAAAAAAUGCAAUGAAAAUGACCAAAACUCAGAAAAGGACGCCGAAUCUAGUAACGCGAAGAAAUCCGAAUUCAAGGAUUAUGAUUGCUUCCUACCAGAUCGCAAAGGUGACGUACAAGUUUGUAUAAUUGGAGGAGGCGAGGCUUCGAUUUACACAGCUGUUCUUUUAAAACAAUCACGAAUGAUAAAACGCGUGCAUCUGGUGGAUGCACGGAAUUCCAUGGCUACUGCAGUUUUGGAUGCAAAUCAUAUCGACACGUCGACUCGUAUAAAGUAUUUUAAGAAAAAAAGUAUAAAAGAUGCUCUCAAAGAAACGAACAUUAUCGCGUUGAUGGAUGAAACGGAUCCAAAUAUGAUGGAUUCGAAUCCUGAAGCUCAAUUCGAGGCCGCGACGGUGUAUACAUGCGAAAUGGCCGAACAAAUGGUAUCGGUCAGCCCGGACGCUUUAGUAGCUGUAUUUGUUCGACCAGUCACAGUGAUGCUUCCUAUGGUAUCGGAAAUUUAUAAACUCGCUGGAUGGUGGGACCCGGACCGAAUCAUCGGUUCCACUGCUUUCGAACGCAUGAAAAUGGAAGCAACGACUGCAAAUCUCCUAGAUUUGAAUCCUGCUUUCCUAUCGAUCCCCGUGAUUGGCGGAGCAGAUCCUCACACCAUCGUUCCGCUUUUAUCGCGGGCUUCUCCGAUCAACCGAUUCACCGAUGCACAACACGACAUGCUGUUGCAAUCUUUUCGCGGCUCGGACAAAGAAAUGGCGAACAUCGAAUCCAGAGGGCCGAUAUUGUCCGCUGGAGCAGCUGCUGCUAAACUAGUUCUCACGCUUGCCGGUGGGCUUAGCGGAUUCACGAACAUCGUUAAUUAUGCUUACGUGAGAUCGAACGUGAUACCAGGUUGCCGAUUUUUUACGAACGAGCUGCAUUUCGGUCCAGGCGGUGUACAAAAGAAUUACGGACUGCCGAAAAUGUCACCUAUGGAAAUAGUACUUAUCGAACAAGCGAUCCCGUUCAUUAACGAAUACGUCGAAAUGGCAAUGAAAACGGUUUCCAGCCACAGAAACAAUAAGCUGAAAAAUAUAUAA